CUUGUCAAGAAGUUUGAUUUUAUUGUUAUUUUAAUAAAAAUAAAUUACUUAAAAAUGUGCUCAACAUUUGGAGAAAUUCUUGAACCUGUAAGCCGCACGGCAUGGGAGGACUGGGAUGAAAUCAAUCCGCAACACAAAACAAAAGAUUUAAAAUGGUCUCAAGAUCUGAAAAGUCCUGAAGAGAUAGAAACAUUUGUAAUAAUGGAAGGAAAAUAUCUGUCACAGUGCAUAAAAUCACAAACUCAUCACAGAUUAGAGCUUAUUGAUUGGAUUCCUGAAGUGAAUCUACAGUUGUUUAAAUUUAAAAUGUCUAACAAAUACAUUUGUACUGUAAAGAACUAUAACUUGGUGAUGAGCAGUGAAAUAGUACAGCUACUGAGGCCAUAUUUGGCCGUUAGUGCUAAUGUUGUAGCAAUACAGACUAAAGCAUUGCCUGAGUAUCAAGCAAUGGAAACUUCUGCUCAAGACUGUAUCAUAAGGACAAUCCGAACAAGCAAGAGUUCCAAAGAACUUGAUGUAGAAUUCCCGCAGCUUGAACAACCUAACAUUAUAUCAGGAGUAUCUGCCGGAGGUAAGGCUUAA